ACAGCAUCCUCAUCCGCAGCCCCGGCAGCCCCCAGACUACACCACGGAGCUGGGGAGGGGGCAGAUCGAGUGCGUGCCUUCAAGGUGGAUAACAAUGAUCUGUCAAACUCUCAAAAGGAACAGCAUGGAAACUGACAAUCUGAACUGUUAAUGGGGUCAUGGGACUCACAUUGCCGUUGAUCACUUGUGUGGAUUUAACCAGUGAAGAGAAACAGAAACUGCUAGAACGGCAUCAGGCAUUAGCAGAGCACUGAAGGCCAUCAAGUUCUGUUCUUUUAAUUUCUACCUGGGAGAAUGUCUGAGCAGGGAAAAGGAGAAGAAGCUGGAAACGAACAAGACUCAGCCGUCUCCCAACAAGAGAAUUGCAUCCUUAGCUCAGAGGCAGAUGAAAAGGAAGAAAAUGGAAAGUCAGACCAGAAACGAGGUGCUAACCAGAACCAGCAGAAAAAGAGAUCCAAGUCAGGAGGGAAGGCAAAACUUGUACGAAGUCUCGCUGUAUGCGAAGAAUCAUCCCCUCGCCUGGAAGCUGAGAAUGACAAUCAGGAAUCAAUACAACUACAGCUUUCAAGUUUUCCCAGCCUACAAGAAGAGGAUAAAUCUAGUAAAGAUGACUCAGAGAAAGAAAAAGAGAAGGAUAAAAACAGAGAAAAAGAUAAAAACAAUGAAAAACCCAAGAUAAGAAUGUUAUCAAAAGACUGCAGCCAAGAAUAUACAGACUCAACAGGCAUAGAUUUACAUGAAUUUCUGGUUAACACACUAAAGAAUAAUCCUAGGGAUAGAAUGAUACUAUUAAAAAUGGAACAGGAGAUUAUUGACUUUAUUAGUGACAACUGCAAUCAUUAUAAAAAGUUCCCCCAGAUGUCAUCGUAUCAGCGAAUGCUGGUGCACAGAGUGGCAGCGUACUUUGGCAUGGAUCAUAAUGUGGAUCAAACUGGAAAAUCUGUAAUUAUCAACAAGACCAGCAAUAUGAGAAUACAAAAUGGGCCCAUGACCAGAAGCCUGGACCAAUGCAAUAGUAGUUCCAAUCUACAAAUCAGACCAGAGCAAAGGUUUUCUGAACAUUUAAAAGAUGAAAAAGGUGAAGAUUCCCAGAAGCGAUUUAUCUUGAAGCGAGAUAACUCUAGUAUUGAUAAAGAAGACAACCAGCAAAACAGAAAUCAUCCAUUUAGAGAUGACAGACGAAGUAAAUCAAUUGAAGAGAGAGAAGAGGAGUAUCAGAGGGUGAGGGAGAGAAUAUUUGCACAAGAUUCAGUUUGCUCCCAGGAAAACCUUUUGGUGGAUAACAGGGUGUUGGAGGAUAGUAUGUGUAAUGAAACUCUGAAAAAAAGACAGCUCUUCAGGGGGAAUAGAGAUAGUACGAGUAAGACAUCUGGGAGUCGGCAAAGCAGUACAGAUAAUGAAUUGAAAUGGACAGAUCACCAGAGGCCAUGGAGCAGCACAGACUCAGACAGUUCCGGUCGCAACUUGAAGCCAGCCAUAACAAAGACAGCAAGUUUGGGUGGAAUAUCUGUUCUGACAAGAGGAGAUAGCUCAUCAAGUAACAGAAGUACUGGCAAACUGUCUAAAGCAGGUUCAGAGUCUUCCAGCAGCGCUGGGUCCUCAGGAUCUCUUUCACGAACACAUCAGCCUCUCACAAAUGCAUCUGUUGUCCCUGGAGUUACAACCACCUCUUCGAGUAGCAUUCCCUAUUCAGAAAAUGGGAUAACUGGCCAGGUAGUGCCAAGCAACACCAGCUAUAUCAUUCUUCCACUUGAAGCUGCAGGGAUACCACCAGGAAGUAUCCUGCUCAAUCCACACACAGGUCAACCAUUCGUAAACCCUGAUGGUACACCUGCAAUAUACAACCCACCCAACAAUCAGCAGUCAGUUAGAGGCCAGAUGGUUGGACAGUCUCAGCAGUCACCCUCAUCACAACAACCUGGACAGCAAUCGCAGCAGCAAAUUGCAAGUCACCUUGUCACACAGCCUAUUCAGGCUUUGCAGCCUUCUUCACAAUCUGUCCAGUAUCCAGCAGUUUCCUACCCCCCUCAGCAUCUUCUGGCAGUGUCUCCAACACAACAGUUUCCUGUGCGAGAUGAUAUGACAACACAAUUUAGCCAGAUGAACUUAAGUCGCCAGUCAUCAGGAGACAACCCUGAUUCACCUUCUGGCCCUGUCUACCCAUCACCUAUCCUACAACAGUCUUCCCCACAGACUGGUUAUGUCAUGGCAUCCCCAAGCCAGCAGCUCCCUUCUGGAGGUUUUACAGGUUCAGGUCCACCGGUAUCUCAACAAGUACUACAGCCUGCACCUCCACCACAGGGUUAUGUGCAGCAGCCACCACCUACACAGAUGCCUGUGUAUUACUACCCAUCUGGUCAAUACCCUACCUCAGCAACUCAGCAGUACAGACACAUCGCCUCAGUUCAAUACAAUACCCAGCGAAGUCCACAGAUACCACAGACAACCCAGCAAACAGGUUACCAAUCUGUCUUACCUAAUCAACAACAAGGGUAUCAAGGACUCAUGGGAAUGCAGCAGCCUCCCCAAAGUCAGAACUUAAUGAAUAAUCAACAGGGAAAUCAGGUGCAGGGCAUGAUGGUCCAAUAUCCAGCCAUGUCUUCUUAUCAGGUGCCAAUGACCCAGGGUUCUCAAGGACUGCCACAACAGUCAUAUCAACAGCCAAUCAUGCUACCUAAUCAAUCAGGUCAACCAACAAUUACAGCCACUGGAAUGCCCGUUUACUGUAAUGUCAUACCUCCUUCUCCACAGAACAAUUUCCGGUUGAUUGCACCACACUGUCCCUCCAAUAAUGUCCCAGUUAUUUCUACCAACUGCAGGACAAACUGUGCAAGUAUUAGCAAUGCUGGAUGGCAGGUAAAGUACUGAAGCUGUGAAAUUGUAAUGCAGAUAUAUACAGGUAGCUGUGUUUCUUUCCUUUUUUAAAGACAUCUAUCUCAUAGCCUUUGAAUCAAAAGAGGAACACAACAAGAAUAAUUGAUUGAGGUGCAUAGAGACAGUGCAGCUGGAAAUAUGUAAACAAUAACAAAAACACAUAAUUCAUUAUUUGCUGGUUAAUGGUGCAUAUUUUUGUCAUGUCUGCUAGGUAUGCUUUUAAAGCUUAGCUAGUGACAUGAAAUCAUUGAGGUAAGAUUUUUUCCUACCACUGAACACCACUGUGUAGAUUAUAGUAUCCCUAAUUCAGAUUAGUUUUGUAUUUUGUGUUGCGUUUGUGAAUCAAAAACUAUUUAAAAAUAUAAUAAAAUCAUAUUGUACCAAAGUUGUAAUGGACAUUUUAAAAAAAUAUGCUGAAUGGAAGAAAUAAUUUAUAUACACAAUAAGAGUUUUUUAUGGAUAUCUACUGUAUUGUAGUGUUACAUCACAAUAAACUUACUUGACCUCAUGAAGAAAGGUCAGCUUUCUACUUUCUA